AUGGAGCCAACGGAGCCAACAAGUACGAGCUCCAAAAUAACAUCGAUUGAAUUAAAAACACGGCGAGCACAAUUUCAACCUCAGCCGUCAACUUUGGACACUCGAAGACGUCACGCAAUAUGUGUAAGACGGGCAUUCAAAAAAUACGGACCCAAAAGUAAUCCGAAUAUCGUCCUCGAUGGUUUAAACAUGACAGUACCCAAGGGUUGCAUAUAUGGACUAUUAGGCUCAAGUGGAUGCGGUAAAACCACAUUGCUGUCAUGUAUUGUGGGAAGACGACGUUUGAAUUCCGGAGAAAUUUGGGUACUGGGAGGUAAGCCAGGAUCUAAAGGAUCUGGUGUUCCAGGUCCACGUGUUGGUUAUAUGCCUCAGGAAACGGCUUUAUAUGGAGAAUUUUCUAUACGCGAAACGUUUAUUUACUUCGGAUGGUGUGCUGGUAUGACUACAGUCCAAGUUGACGAAAAAUUAGAAUUUCUAAUUAAACUUCUAGAUCUGCCAAAUGAGAAUAGAUUUGUGAAGAAUUUGUCUGGUGGUCAGCAGCGACGGGUUUCAAUAGCGGCGACACUAUUAGCCGACCCGGAGCUUUUGAUUUUGGACGAGCCGACAGUGGGAAUAGAUCCAGUUCUCCGGCAAAACAUUUGGGAUCAUUUGGUUAAAAUUACCAAAGACGGUAUGAGGACUAUCAUCAUCACGACCCAUUAUAUUGAGGAAACCCGGCAAGCGAGCAUCAUUGGCUUGAUGCGAGGCGGUAAAUUUCUUGCUGAAGAAUCACCAACAAGACUUAUGGAGAUGCAUCACAUGGACACACUCGAGGGUGUUUUUCUUAAGUUAAGUAGGCGACAGAACAUGGGAUUAAGACGCCGCAGCAGUAUCCUCAGUAGCGUAACAGGUGUGCCUCCGGAUGUUGAUGUCGAUGACGAAAUGAGCGGUGAAUUUGGUGAUAAUGUUAGUAUAUCAAGUCGUCGACGCAGUAUUGCUGUUGCUGUUACUUCAGACGACGAUCACAUUCCCGAGUUACCGCCCGAAGAGAAAGGCCGAAGUAAUUUCAAAAUGCUUAAUCCACAACAUAUGAAAGCGCUCAUUUGGAAAAAUUUCUUGUGGAUGUGGCGAAAUGUCGGCAUGAUGCUUUUCAUCAUUGGGUUACCGGUCCUACAGAUAAUAAUAUUCUGUUUAUCAAUUGGUAAGGAUCCGGUUGGUCUGUCAGUUGCUGUCGUAAACUUUGAGUUGAACAAGAGUACGGAUCUUUGCUUAUCAACUAUCGGAUGUGAUCGUAGAAUGCUGAGUUGUCGUUAUCUAAAACAUUUGAAGAGACGUAAAGUUGAAUUUAUAAAUUAUGAUGACGUUGAUGAUGCGAGGUAUGCUGUAAAAAAAGGAUGGGCAUGGGCGGCUGUUAAUUUCCCUCAUAAUUAUACCGACUCGUUGAUUGAGAGACUGGAAAAUUCAAAUUCUGUUGAUGAGUUUACCGCCGAGACUGCUAAUAUGUUUGUCGUUAUGGACAUGUCCAAUCAACAAAUUGGCCAGUUACUGCAGCGUGAUUUUUUGUAUUCAUUUCAAGACUUUGCUAAAGACGUAAUGGUCGCUUGUAAUUUUAGUGAAAAACUUGCUAGCAUUCCUAUGGACUUUAAAACACCAAUUUACGGGCCACAAGAACCAAAUUUUACAGACUUUGCAGCUCCUGGAAUAAUAUUAACGAUAAUAUUUUUCCUAUCAGUCGCAUUGACAUCGGGCGCCAUGUUACUGGAACGUAACGAAGGUCUUCUGGAAAGAAGUCUGGUAUCAGGAUUAACUGGAACGGAAAUACUAUUCGGUCAAGUGGUUACACAAUUUGUCGUAAUGACAGGACAAACGUUGAUGGUUUUAAUAGUGACAUUCGCUGUUUUCAAACUUACAUGCGAGGGUGAAAUCGGUUGGGUAACACUUUUGACGAUUCUAACUGGUCUCUGCGGCAUGUGCUUUGGAUUCGUGAUCGCUUGCUUUUGCGAGACAGAAAGAAGCGCAACGUACAUGGCAAUGGGUUCAUUUCUCCCUAUCGUCAUGCUCUGCGGGAUAAUUUGGCCAGUUGAAGGCAUGCAUCCUGUUCUACGUGCAAUAAGUUACGUAUUACCUCUGACAAAAAGCACCGAAUCAAUUCGCGCAAUGCUGGCGCGAGGAUGGACUAUUUCAAACCCAACUGUCUACGAAGGUUUCAUCGCAACUUUUGUCUGGAUCAUAAUCUUUCAAACUCUCGCGAUAUUGUUAAUUAAAUUCAAAAAAGGCUAAGACUUUUAAA